CAGGCAUACCCUGAUGUUCUGUGCUGUGAAAAGCAACUCAAGAAAAUUAUGGAGCUCUCCCCAUCAAAGAUGAUUCAUUGUGGCACUGUGAGGUCUUUCACUCGAUGCUUAGUUCGUCGAAAAUUCAUAAGCCAAAAUAAUCUUGAAGAUACCAAACUAUGCCGCUGUUUGUCCACCAUAGACCUGAUAGCUCUGGGAGUUGGCAGCACUCUCGGAGCUGGUGUUUAUGUGCUAGCUGGUGAGGUCGCUAAAUGGGAUUCCGGACCCAGCAUUAUCAUCUCGUUCCUAAUUGCGGCACUGGCUUCAGUGAUGGCUGGUCUAUGCUAUGCAGAAUUUGGGGCCCGUGUUCCAAAGACUGGUUCUGCAUAUCUAUACAGUUACGUGACUGUUGGUGAGCUCUGGGCAUUUAUCACAGGCUGGAACUUAAUUCUUUCUUAUGUCAUUGGUACAUCAAGUGUUGCCAGGGCAUGGAGUGGUACCUUUGAUGAACUUGUUGGCAAACAGAUUGGAAUUUUCUUUGGCACAUACUUCAGGAUGAAUUCACCAGGACUAGCAGAAUAUCCAGACUUUUUUGCAGUGUGUCUUAUAUUAUUAUUGUCAGGUAUGGUGAGAGUGAAGUUUCAAUGUAUCAUUUUACACAAUCUGUCGUCUUCAGAGAAUGUGACCAGUAAUUAUGGUAUAGGUGGUUUCACACCAUAUGGAAUGGCUGGAACAUUAGCUGGUGCUGCUACCUGCUUCUAUGCAUUUGUUGGAUUUGACUGUAUUGCUACUACGGGUGAAGAGGUGAAAAAUCCUCAAAAGGCUAUUCCCAUAGGAAUUGUAACUUCACUUUUGGUUUGCUUCUUGGCAUACUUUGGAGUUUCAGCAGCUCUGACCCUCAUGAUGCCUUAUUACCUACUGGAUACGAGAAGUCCACUUCCUGUUGCUUUUGAAUAUAUUGGCUGGGGUCCUGCAAAAUACCUGGUGGCAGUGGGAUCUCUCUGUGCAUUAUCAACAAGUCUACUUGGUUCCAUUUUCCCCAUGCCCCGUGUAAUCUAUGCUAUGGCUGAAGAUGGGUUGCUUUUCAAAGUUUUAGCCCACAUCAAUUCUAAGACGAAGACGCCAUCUAUUGCUACAAUGUCAUCAGGUGUGGUUGCAGCUGUCAUGGCAUUCCUCUUUGAUCUUAAAGCCUUGGUGGAUAUGAUGUCUAUUGGGACCCUCCUGGCAUAUACGCUGGUAGCAGCAUGUGUACUCCUCCUCAGGUAUCAACCAGAUUCACUCUAUACAAGACAAAAAUGCUCUUCAGAAAGACAGAACCUCACAGCUGAGGAGGACGGUGAAUUAGAUGAAAAUGAAUCCAAUUCCCAUAUGACCAUGUUCAAAAAUCAAGACUUCACCUGUUCAUCGUUGCUGAAUCCCUCUGCGAUCCCAACAGAACAAACAUCAAGUGUGGUGUAUGGUUGUGUUGGGUUUCUAGCUGUUAUCAUUUGUGCAUUAAGUGUGCUGAUUACUUAUGCCAAUGAAGCCAUUCUUUGUGCGGUGCCCUGGAGCAUAGGGAUUCUUGCUGUACUGCUGAUCAUACUUGGUGUCUCUGUUUUCAUCAUCUACAAACAACCUCAGAGUCAACUCAAAGUAACAUUCAUGGUUCCACUUUUACCAUUCCUACCUCUAAUCAGCAUCUUUGUCAAUAUCUACUUGAUGAUGCAGUUGAAUGGAGGCACUUGGAUUCGUUUUUCUAUUUGGAUGGCUGUUGGAUUUGCAAUCUAUUUUGGUUAUGGCAUCAGACAUAGUGUGGAAAGUCACCGUGACGAUGAAUCAGUGUACAGUGAAACUGAGCACACAAAGAACUUGGAAGGAAUGGACGACAAUGAAAUGGCGACUGAGCUUGACCAGUUUAUAGUACAUGAAAAGACAAGUGAAUGUCAGCUUUAAGCAGCAAUGAAAUGUGCCAGUUUCCUACAUCAGAUAUGUUUGUGUUAUCAGGAGCAAUGUAUUGACUUUGGUCUCAGAAUUUAAAAAAAAAUUCUUAAUAGGUAAAUAGUACUUAUAAGUGAGUGUUUUGCAGCAGAUCACCUGAAAUUACUGAAAGGGGAACUGAAUGUUUGUUGAUUAUCUACAGGUCAUGUGCAGUAACACCAAGAUUUUCUUUGUCCCAUCAAAAACUAAAAUAUAUUUUCCUGAAACAAUGUCUGCCCUGAUAAAAGAUUAUCUAGUAGGUGGCAGGUGACUGUAAAGGUUUUAAUUUCCAUUUUUCUGCAAAGCAGCAAAAGUAUGUGUUUUUUAAACUAGUCGGGCAGUGUAAUGCAACAUUUAUCACAGUCUUUAAAAGAUUUUCUGUAACUCCAAAUUAAAGUGUUCUGUGGAUGCUAUUUCAUUCAUUCAGAAGGUGACAAAUGAAAACAUAAGAAAUGGGAGAAAGCGUAGGCCAUAUGGCCCUCGAGCCAGCUCUGCAGCGUUUAAUCACUAUUUUACUGAGUGUUCUUACAUUCACAAUCACUAUUUUACUGAGUGUUCUUACAUUCACAAUCACUAUUUUACUGAGUGUUCUUACAUUCACAAUCACUAUUUUACUGAGUGUUCUUACAUUCACAUUUUUAUAAACAAAAGGGGGAAGCAAAAAAUGUGCAUUUUCUCCAUUUACUAAACUCUGGAAACUUGGAAAAAUACCACCCUAAAGUAUUCUGAAACAUUAAAACUCCUUUAACACAUAUAUCUGCCAAUUUUAGUUUGCAGCCACUACAUCUUAAAAAUCUAACAAAGGGGUUCGGAUCACACAGUUGCAAGUUUGUAUGAAAUUGUGAGACAACCACUCAUGCUUCUAAAGUUCAAAAUCAUAUGUAGAAGGCAAUUUGUGUGAAUUUACAAAAUAUUUAAUAUUCCUAAGUCCUUAUAAGGGAUGUUCCUAUCUGUUUUGAUGGUGCUAUAUUUUGAAUUCCUGAUUAUAAAUCGCCUUCAUUUGACAAAACGCAAAAAAAAAUCUGUGAAGCACCAAACUCUUGGAUCAUGUAAUGAUGAGCUGUGAUUCUCAAAAAUGAAUUCUAAAGUGGUUAUAGCACUAUGCCGAUGUCAGCUAUCUGUAAAAGCAACCCAACUAAUUCUGCUCCCAUGCUGUUUCCCCAUCGCCCUGCAAUUUUUUUUAGAUACCUAGUUACCUUUUGGAAAGCCAUGAAAAUGUCUGCCAUCAACACACUCAGACAGUGCAUUCCAGGUCCUAACCAUUCAGUACAUAAAAAAGAUUUCCUUCACAUCAUUGUUAGUCCUUUUGCCAAUCUUAAAUCAGUAGCUUCAGGUUUUCAAAGCACCUGCUAAUUGAAAUAGCUUCUGAGACACUUCACAAUGUUGAACGUUUCUUCAAAAUUUUCUUUCAAACCUUCUAUUCCGUAGAGAGAACAACACCUGCUUUACCAAAUUAUUCACAUAAUUGGUGUUCUGCAUUGUAGGAACCAUUCUCAUAAAUCUUCUGCACUAUUUCUGAGUCCUUCACAUCAUUCUUAGAGCAUGAUGUCCAAUUCGAGACAUUAAAGUCCAGUUGAGUCUAAACCAGUGUUUUGUAAAGCUUAACCAAAACUUCCUUGCUUUUAUUCUCUAUGGGUAAAACCUUCUCCUCCCAUAGGGGAUGAGCUUAAGUUGCAGAGGGUAAGUCUUUGUUUGACUCUCUCACCCUACCACCAAUUGAAACCCCUAACAGGCAAUUAAGGACUGCUUAACAGCCUCAGCCCAGGUGUUUAUAUAUUUUCAAAUCAACCAGUUAUAGUGUCAUGGAGUCAUUCAGCACAUAAACGGACCCUUCGGCCCAACACACCCAUACUGAUUAGGUUUCCGAAACUGAACUAGUCCCACUUGCCUGCAUUUGGCCCAUAUUCCUCUAAACCUUUCCUAUCCGUGUACCUGUCCAAAUGUCUUUUAAAUGUUGUAAUUGUACUCACCUCUGGCACUUCCUGUGCCAGCUUGUUCCAUAUGUGCACCACCCUCUCUGUGAAAAAGUUGCCCCUCAGGGCACUUUUAAAUCUUUCCCCUCUCACCUUAAACCUAUGCCCUCUAGUUUUGGACUCCCUACCCUGGCGAAAACACCUUGGCUAUUCACCUUAUCUAUGCCCCUCAUGAUUUUAUAAACCUCUAUAAAGUCAUCCCUCAGCCUCCUACGCCCCAGUGAAAAAAGGUCCCAGCCUAUCCAGUCUCUUAUAAAUCAAACCCUCCAGUCUCAGUAACAUCCUUUUAAAUCUUUUUCACACCCUUUCCAGUUUAAUAACAUUCUUCCUAUAGCAGUGUGACCGGAGUUGUAUGUGGUACUCCAAAUGUUCUGAGGAAGAGACACUUGACCCAAAACGUGAACUCUGAUUUCUCUCCACAGAUGCUGCCAGACCUGCUGUGCCUUUCCAGCAAUUUCAAUUUUUGUCACUGAAAUUAUGUCUCCUAGUUCUAAAGUCACUAGCUAGGGGAAACAUCCUAUUUGCAUUAACCCUGUCAUGCCCUGUAGAAACUUUGUAAAUGUCAGUGAAGUCAAUUCUCAUUCUUCAAAACUCUGGAGAAUACAGGCCAAUUUUACUCAAUGUCUCCUCAUAAACAUCCCAUCAUCCAGACGAUUAAUUUGGCAAACCUCUGUUUCAUUUCAAUCAUAGCAUAUCUUUAAAUAAGGAGACCAAAACUGGACAUAAUAUUUAGUGUGGUCUCACCAAGCAUCUAAACAACUGCAGCACUUGUACUCAAAUUCUCUUGUUAUUAACAUGCCAAUUUUCUUCCUUAUUAUUUGGUGCACCUACAUUUUUAAAAUUCAUUCAGAGGAUAUGGGCAUCACUGGCUAGGCCAGCAUUGAUUUUCAUCCCUGAUCACCUGGAGGGCAGUUAAGUGUCAAUCACAUUGCUGUGGUUUUGGAGUCACAUGCAGGCCAGGCAAUGACAGAUUCCCUUCCCUAAAGGGCAUAUACGGACGAGAUGAGUUUUUGCAACAGACAACACUGGUUACAUUGUCAUCAUUAAGCUAGCUCUUUAAAAUUCAGAUUUCACCACCUCUCACAGUGGGAUUUGAACUCAUGCCACCAGGACCCUGGGGUUUUGGAUUGCUAAUGCAACAACAUCACCCCCAUGCCACUCAUUCACUUUAGAGGCCAGCAGUUUCCAACUUUUCACUAUUUAAGAAAUGUCUUUCUGCUUUUUUCUAUCAAUGUUCACAACGCCUCAUUUAUUCACAUUAUAUUUCACCUGCUAUGUUCUUGCCCAAGUCUUUUAGAAGUCUUUAUACACCAGCCAACUGCAUAAUCCUCACCAAUCCUUUCUGUCACUUCAUCAAAAGAUUAACUCAAUCAAGUUAGUUAAACACAGCCUCAAAUGAAGUAGUUUUGACAACUUUGGAGUAAGUAGUAGAGAGGGAUAAUAUUGUAGGCACAGGAAAAUCUUUGCAAUAUGGACUCUAUAAUCCCCCUACCUGACCCCAACUGUAGUUAAAGUCAUUCUUUUCAGUUUACAAUUUUGUUUUUAAAUGUAUGAAUAUUUUAAAUCAUGGCAUAUAACCAAAGGGACACUUUUUUUUCUGCAGUGGUAACAGUGGUACUGGAAAAUUGAUCACUAUUGUAUUUUGCAAGUCAGCAAUCAACCAAAUGGUAAAUUUUUACAUCAAGCGCUCAGUAAAAUAUGCAUGUAAUUUUCAUUUUUGACGGCAGUGAUUGACGGUUUUUGCUGAUCAAUUAACUGUUAUAAACCCUGCGCCCAAUUUGCCUGGAAUGUUUAGUGGGGUAGGGUGCCACCUCUUUACUGCCCACACUAAAAGCAAAAGUUACUCUCAUGAUAAAUCUUGUCAUUUCUUUAUCAAAGUGCUGUGCAUUCCAUAUAUAAUUGCUAAAUUAGUAGAAACUGCUCAUACUUGCUGCUUUUAUUUCCAAUUGUAAUUCUGUUGUGUAGAGUCUAGGGUUCCUUAACAUACUUUGGAUGAAGCUUCACAAUUUUAAUGCAUGUUGUGGUUAAGUUCCAACAUGCUAGGAAGUAGCUUGAUGACCUUUAAACGAAAAUGUUACUACUUGUUAAUUACAAAUAAGAAGGCAACAAAACUAUAUGUAUAGAGAACAACAUCUAAAAGAGUCUGCCAAUUCAAAUGUUUGAAUGUCAUUUGCCUUUGUUAAUUUCAUUAUAUUACAUUGUCCUGAAAUGGAAUGAUAAUCAGUGAUACUGGCAAGGCUUGCAAUGGAUGAUAUUAUCAUAACAGGAUCUGCUGCUUGUAAUAAAUAAUGUUUUCACUGCUCAUUGUGCUGAAACACAAAAUAUAUGGGGAAGAAAGGAA